GUGUCAAAACAUAAAUUGUGUGGUGUACAAAUCCAAACGCAGAUAUAAUUCAAUUUUGAUAAAAGAUAGACGUAUUAAACGAUUCGUUUUUUUUCAUAAUUAAAAAAAGUUGCUAAGAAAAGAUAAAGAGGUAAAAAUGGCCGAUGAAGAAGCACAACUAAAAGCCGGGCAUCCAGCAGCUGUCAAAGCUGGUGGCAUGCGAAUAGUUCAACAUAAAACACCGAACACGGAACGUCCAGCAAAGGAUUUGGAAGAUUGUACUGGACUAACUGUACCACCAAACAUAACGCCAAGUACGACAACUGUUAGUGGAGUGACUGUUAAGGGUGUUCACGACUAUCCAACCGAAGCUGUGCAAGCGGCACACGCUCCGAAAGUUCCACAGAAUGUACAACAGAAGCCAAUGCAUCAUAUUAACCAACCGCGAAAGUAGAUUGUAAGAAGUGUUCGGCAUUUUGAUUUUUCUUUUUUUUUCCUGAAACUGCUCUAUAAGAUGUUCUUGAAUUCAAUUUCCUUAUUUGUAUCCCAGAGAUUUUGAUUAUUAUUUUUUUGAUUUUCUUUCUACAUUCAACUAUGAUAUGAAAAACCAAUGAAGAUAUUGUGCAUUGUUAAUGUACAAAUAGCUGAGCUAAACAACGCGCUGGUCAAUUAAUCAUACAAUGAUUCGCUAAGUUUU